AUGCAGCAAUCACGCAAACGCCCUCCCAGCCCCGACCUCGUGCCCAAUCCCCUCAUCAAGAAGCGCAACCUGGCCUGGUCCAUCGACUCUCCCUCAUCUCAUCCCCAUCUCCAUCGUCCUGCUCCUCCUCCUCCUCGCAGCAUCUCGACCGCCUCCAUCCCCUCCGGCAGACGCAGACCCACCGCCGGCACCACCGCCGAGAUCGAGUCCGGAGCUGUCGACAUCCCCGACCAUCUGCCACGCUUCUCAUCAACUCUCUCCUCGCAUCUGCGCCCGACAUCGGCUGCCGUCCCUCGGCUAUCCGUCGCAUCCUAUUCGCACCUCUACCAGAGCUGCCAAGGGAGCCCCCGCGGUGCGCAUUUCGUGGUGCACCAGCACGACCAUCCCGUCGCCGGUCCGCACUACGACCUGCGUCUUCAGAUCAACGAGACGAGCAGCGUCAGCUGGGCCAUCAUAGCACUGCAGAAUCACCUUGUCGAAACCGCGUCUCCAGAGACGGGCUCCCUCCUCAUCUGGGACACGGGCACGUACUCGAUUCUCCCACGCCCCAGCAAACAUGCCCCUACUCUCGACCCCUCCUCACCGCCAGCCUCUCACCAAUCUGCAUCUCCAUCUCCCUCACAGACGGCCCAGUCUCUCCUUCACGCAGCCUUCCAGGACCGUAAGAUCCGGCUGCGUCUCCACGGAGCAAAGCUCCCUGAUCCAUACGUCAUCAAUCUCCGCCUGACCAAGUCGGAAGAUGCCGCAGGGCGGUAUAGGGGCCUGAAGACACGGGCUGCAGGUACCGCUCGUAGGCGUCGAGGGAGAACGACGCGGGUUCAGCCACAAGAGCGGGAAACCAGCUCUUCUUCUUCUUCUUCUUCUUCUUCUUUUUCUUCUUUCAGCGGCGAGGCUGGCGAUGACGAUGGCCAUGUCUUGGAUAAUGAAGAGCCUCGAAUCGAAGCCAAUGACGAUCCCUCUCUGAGCCAACAGCAAGACGCACAAGUCCGCCUCACAAACGCCUACCCCGGGGCCUCAAACACCAUCGGCAGCAUCCACCAGCGAAGAUGGUACCUCUCCCUAGAUCGCCGCGCAUGUGGCUUUACAGAAAAGCGGCGUCGCGGCCGCAGCAGCAUGUGGGAGCCUCCCUCGAUAGAGUCACCUUCAGCCUCGGAACCAGGAUCCUCGCGGCUCUCGUUCCCGUUUUACGUCCGCGGGCCGCCGUUUGAACAGAGCGUUGUGACGGGGAGAAGAGGAGAGGACGUUUUGCGGGAUCAAGGCGUAACUACUUUUAUCCCGAGGAAAGGUUGGAUGCCCGUGAUGAAGUGA